CUGCUUUCAUUCUAACUUACUUAUUUAUUUUGUUUGUUUUAAAGCCGAUUCGAAUUGUGAUCCUGGGACCUCCAGCAUCAGGAAAGAGCACUGUUGCCAAGCAGCUGUGUGAUUUUUACAAACUCCAUCACAUUCAGAUCAAAGAGGUCAUUGAUGAGGCCAUAGCCAGUCUGAAAGCUAAGACCAAGAGGUUGAGUGACUUGUUGCCUGAAGAAAUGGAUGACUAUGAACCACCAUCAGACCUUACCUCCGUCACCCGCGACCUCUUGGACGAGAUCGAGCUGAACAGAGAAAGCAAUAAUGGGCGAAUAGAGGACAAGUAUAUCAUUAGCUUCCUGCGCGACAAACUGAUGUCGAUGCCUUGUCAGAACCAAGGCUUUGUCUUGGAUGGAUAUCCCAAGACUAUUGCUCAAGCACGGGAGCUCUACAAGAGUCUGACUCCUGACGAACCGAGCGUGGAUCUGCUUGACGCUUACAACAGAAUCAUCCUCCCAGAGUUCGUGGUCAACCUAGAAGCAACCGACGCUUUCUUAAUGCGAAAGGUCAUGAACCUUCCAGAGGCGGUAGUUAUGAAUACCCACAACACUGAAGCAGGACUGACGCGCAGAUUGAAGGAGUACUGGGCCGUGAACACAUAUGAUGAAACUGUAUUGAACUUUUUUGACGAGUUGGAGCUGCAGUCCGAGAAAAUAGAUGUGACAAAAGACAGCUCACCCAUGAUGAAAGACACCGUUGAAAAGAUCAAGAAGAGCAUAGGAAGUCCACGCAAUUAUGGGACAACUGUCGAAGAGCUGGAGCAGAUGAAAAAGUUGGAAGAGCAGGGAAGGAUGAAAAAAGAACGCAGAGAACGAAGACAUAUGGAGAGACACGAGGCGGAAGAACAGCAAGAGAAAAAGCGACGGCUGGAAGAAUGGUCACAGAGGCUGCAGGAAGUUAAGAAGCAGGAGUUUGAGUUGCUGGAGGUGCAGUCCAUCCCUCUAAGGAACUAUCUCAUGGUGUACGUGAUGCCCACACUCACCCAGGGAUUGAUCGAAUGCUGCAAGGUCCGACCUGACGAUCCCAUUGAUUUCUUGGCUGAGUUCUUAUUCCAACACAAUCCGCAAAUGGACUAG